AUGAUACCGGAUCCAAUUCUGAUUCCGGGUCCAAUUCUGAUUCUGGAUCUAUUUCUGAUUCCGGAUUCAAGUCUGAUUGUGGAUCCAAUUCUGAUUCCGGAUCCAAUUCUGAUUCCGGAUCCAAUUCUGAUUCUGGAUCCAAUUCUGACUCCGGAUCCAAUUCUGAUUCCGGAUCCAAUUCCGAUUCCGGGUCCAAUUCUGAUUGUGGAUCCAGUUCUGAUUCCGGAUUCAAUUCUGAUUCUGGAGCCAAUUCCAAUUCCAGAUCCGAUUCUGGAGCUAAUUAAGGAGCCGAUUCUGGUUCCAAUUCUAGAGUCAAUUCCGGAACCAAUCCUGGAUCCAGACGUGCUCCAGAAUCGAUUCCAGAAAAUUUUGGAGUUACCCGACAUUGAUUCCGACGAAAACUUCAUUUUUUCCAUCACUACUGGGAACUUCUCCUGA